AUGGCGAGCGACUUCUCUGCGGCCAUGACCACUCGGUCGCUCCGCAUGGUCCGCACCGAACUGGAAUUCCUGGCCGAUGCCGGUGUCAUCAAUCCUCGACAGCUCUCCUCUUUUCUUGCCGAGCUGCCCGCCGACUCUCAGUCCCAGCCCCAGUCUCAGGCCCGCGCGCACCAGCCGUCGCCCAUCAAUGCCCGCGCACAUCAGCCAUCACCAGCACCAGCGCCAGCGCCGUCGCCUCUGCCAGAGCCUGUUCACGCACAGCCGCCCCCGGGCCCGUACUCGCCUCCAUCAGCGGCCAUGUCGAAUCACUCCCUGAACGAGAAAGCUCCGAUGCAGAACCAAUAUGCGGCUCCACCUCCCCAGGCCCCGCCAGCCUAUCCCCAAGUCCCGCCGAUUAUGUCGCUGGCCUCCGCCCUAUACGCAUACACACCGACCGAUCCGGGCGACCUUGCUCUGCAGCCGAAUGAUCGCGUCCAGGUUACUGAGCACAUGAAUGAUGACUGGUGGCGCGGUCGCAACGAGCGGACUGGCAUGGAGGGUAUCUUCCCUCGAAGCUACGUCAAUGUGAUUAACGAGAAGGGUGGAUUCCAGUCCCCUCCGCCCACUACCAACUACGGAAAUAUGCCCCUGGCUGUUAGCCAGAGCGGAUCGGGUGACCCCAACGACCCGGAGAAGAAGAGCAAGUUCGAGGAAGGUGGCAAGAAGUUCGGAAAGAAACUGGGCAAUGCUGCGAUCUUCGGUGCUGGUGCUACGGUCGGCUCAAACAUCGUCAACAGCAUUUUCUAA